AUGGUCAUUGAUGAGGUGGAUGAAGAUGAUUUUGAGGCUACCGACAGUGAAAAUGAUUAUGAAGGAGGGGGAGGAGAAGGGGAGAAGAAGGACAGUGAUGAUGACAAUGUCCAAAGACCGCCAAUUACGCUGAAGCAAGGCGUUGAAAUUGAGGAGGUUUUUGACGAGAGUGAACAGGCGGCAAGUAAAAACGAGAUGGAGUGCGUGGAGAAUUCAGGUGUGGAGGACGAUGAUGAUGCUGUUGCUGAAGACGCAACACUGCCGACGAUCUGGACUUGCUUCUAG